AUGUUCAAAGUUAAACAGGAGCACCUGCAGCUGUAUAUUCCAGCUGAUCAAAAUUAUAUUGUCAAAGAUGCUGGAACAAAUGAAAUUGAUAUGUCGGUUAUGCGCAACUUUUGUGAGCAUGCUGGUGUCCUUAAAUGGAUAAACAAGGUUGUCACAGAGCUUGAAGAUCCUGGAAAACUUGCCCAAAUUGUAUUUUCUGCUGGAUCAAUGAGAAAGCCAAAGUUUGACUGGGUUAAAAAUCUGCUGUCAAAGUCACUUCUUAUGGAUAUUAUUAAGGAUAUAGAUCUCAACCAAUUCCUGGAAAAGAAUCAAAUGUGUAGGAUGGAUGCCAGGGAUCCUAGUGAUGCAUUUGGAAGAUAUGCUAUAAAGGCUAGGGAUGAUAGCUUUUAUGAGUUUAUCCAUGUUGAGUUAGCUCCACCUGGGGGUGUUUUUGUAUAG